UUCCGAAAGAUUAACGUGGAAUUUAUGUCAGCUGCCCCUUGUAAUGUAAUGUAAGAUUUAAUUACAAUCAAAUUAGAAUUGUAAAUUGAUCCGUUACAGUUACAAGUUAAUAUUUUAUCUGUAUAAUUACCAUUAUGAAGGAACUACUGAUAGGUUUUGUAUUAAUAUGGUUUUAUUUAGUUUUGACAGUUGAAUCAAAGCCGUAUAAGCAGGUCAAUGUUUAUACCAACGAUUCCUACUCGGAUACCAGCGGACGAAUAUACGGCACCAUAAUCGAUAAGAAAUGCAAUUGCACCAAAGUGGUCAAGCAAGCCUUAUCGCAAUACGACGCCGGCGAAGAUGACGACGCUUAUCAACAACCGGCAACCUAUAAGCGCCGAAAAGCCACUCCGAAACCAGCCUACUCCGCCAACAUGGACGAAUAUGAAGAAGAAGUGUAUCCCAAAAAGACCACCCCAAAGAAAGCCUACCGGAAGCCGGUAAAACCUGGAUGCGAAGACGAAGAAGACAGCUACGGCGAACCGGAAGCGUAUCCUAAGAAGAAAGCGACGCCGAAACCUAAAGGUUAUGCCGCAACGCCGGAGUAUACUGAAGAGGAAGAAGAUUAUGAACCGGCACCGAUGCGGUAUCCCAAGAAAAAGGUUACUCCCAAACCGACGUAUAAGAAGACCAGCAUCUAUCAGGAAACUACCGCAGAGGAGCAGUAUGAGGAGGGCGAUGAGUACGAAGAAAAGCCGGUAAAGAAAGCCAAACCGUAUAAAGUCGCUCCCAAGCAGCCAGCAUAUGAAGAAGAGGAAGAAGAACCGAAUAUAAUGCGUAUGACGAAUCAGCGGGUUAUUCUGGUAUGCCGAAACCAAGACCGAAACCGAAAGCAAAGCCACGUCCACAAUAUCAACCGGAGGAAGAGGAAGAAUACGAAGAAGCCCCGCAGACGUAUCAGAAACCAAAGCCAAAAUAUUCCAAGGGCAAGAACGCAACAUCCGGCAACUACAAAACCGGAAAACAACAGUAUUUGGACUUGUCUGAUGCCGUGACCGAGGAAGAGAUUGACCCGAAUGACUAUGUCUACAAGAAGCCUAGCAAGUCAUCGUCAUCUUACAAACCAGCCCAAUCGUACAAGCCUCCAAAAGCGAACAAUACGUAUAGUCAACCAAAACCAGCCGCUCCGGCCAAAUCCAAGUACGCCGACGACGAUGAACCGGAAAAAAUUGAUUACGACAUCGACACCGGCUACGACAGUUCCUAUAAGCCAAAACCCGCCAGCAGCAGCGAUCGCUAUCCAAAAGGAGGUGAUUACGGAACAACGGAUAAGAAAAAUUCCAGUGAUGGGUAUAAAAAACCGGCCGAACCCAAACCACAGCAUCAUAUGACCACGCACCAUCAUACCACACACAGGCCGUCAUAUACCACGGUACCGCCGCAUCACCAUGCUAAAUCCACAACAGCGUAUGGGGGAAAGAACAAAGAUACAGCAAAAGACAGUUAUGUCGAUGGGAAUAUUAAGGCGCCGGCCGAGUUACAGCCGAAUGUCGUUACGGUACACCAGAAUGCCAGCAGAGAAACCGGAAUCCUCGUCAGACUGAUAGAUUCGCGAUCCAAAUCGGAACCAAAAGCGGAAUACAAGAUAAACUAAUAAUGCCACACCGAUCCCUAUUCAUGACCUUUUUAUUUGUGUGUACCAUGUAUAUAUAUUUUUUCAUUUGAUCUUUUACAAACUAUUGAUAUUCAGAAUAAUUUUUGUACUUAUCCCAAAUGAAAGAACAUCGUCGCGAAAUUGAAUAAA